CCCUUGUCAGAUGCUCCGCUGUGGCGCGCGAGAGGUGACAGGAAACAGUCUCGAGACUGUCAGUUACAGUUUUUCGGCUGGAGUUUAGCAGCCUCCGAAAACAAAACACUGCUGGGAAAAUAGGGAAUAGUGCAUCUUUUCGAGGAUGGAGAAAAGUACUUUUGCACAACAUUCGGUGUCGAAGUUGGCAGAAAAAUUCAAGGGCCAAAAUCCACAAACACCUGACAGAACCGAAGUGAGCAAGAAUAUUCGUAGAAAGCCACCAUGCUUUUUGAAGCUGCAAACAAAAAAUGAUGAGGAGCAGGACAAACAGGAGAAACCGGGAGCGGCUUCGUCACAGCCUCAUAAGGUGAAGUCUAAGAGCUCCCCACUUAUUGAGAAGCUGCAGGCCAAUCUGGUUCUGUCGCCCACGGCUCUGCUGCCCUCACCAAUGAGCCCUGGGGUUAUGCAGCCUGCUCCCUUUUUUGCCCCACCAUGCGGCCCCCAAAGUCCCCCACCACAACCCCACCAGCGCCGCCCUAGUGAGGAUGAGGCACCUGCCAGCUUUGAGAAGCCUGCCGAGGGCAACAUCCUGCCCAGCAUCAAUAAGGGCAGAGCUCGGCACUCCAUUAAGCGACGGCCACCUACACGGCUCCCCAGAAAGUCGUCGGGGGAGGAGCCGUCGGGGACGGAGGAAACGGGCCCGACAUCGUCCGUUACGAGUGGCUCCCUGCACGAUGGGGACGAGGAAGAUGUAUUUCAGGAGAGUGACUCUGUCCCCAAGAAAGAACGAGAAGAAAACACCCCCUCUGCUCUCCCCGAUGGAACGGCAGAUGGAGAGACCCUACCUGAGCCACAGACAUCUGACAGCGCUCCCAAUGGAGAGACCCCACCUGAGUCGCAGAUGUCUGACAGCGCUCCCAAUGGAGAGACCCCACCUGAGUCGCAAAUGUCUGUCAGUGCCUCAGAGGCUCCAAAAAUACAGGAAGAAUGCAAAGAACUACAACCAGAAACAGCUGAAGAAACAGAUGACAGUACAGGGGUAAAGAAGGGGGCACCGCUGCAGGAAAAGGAGGAUGCAGACGAGGGCAUCGGGAUGUAGAAGUUUAACAGCAGGAAGAAGAACCCGAGAAGAGGUGAACAGUGAAGGAAGCAGACGAAAUGCCUGCACAUACAUCCAAAGGGCUAUUUUACACAGCUCAAUAUAGGCCAGGAAACAGGAAGAAUGCUUUGGCGUUGUGGCUACAGUGUCAUUUGAUUGUUCUCAAUUUCACUUUUAAAUGAACUCAGAUCUUUUACAUUUAGGACUUUUGAGUGGAUUCCAAGUCUGAAAAUUUAGCAGUACUAAUAAGUAUCGUACCUGGAUGGCCAAGGGUCGCUCAUUUUCCAAAGUAUUUGCUGUAUGAUAAGAUGGCAUGGUUGGGCAUUGGGGAGCACUGUGGGCCCACAGUUCUUGAGGUUGCUUCAUAUGCUUCUCAUGUGUCUGCAUGAGUUUCUCCCGCCAAUGCAGAAACAUGCAGUUAGGUGACCAGGUGUGCGCCCCUAAUGUGAAAGUGUGCCCUGUGAUUCCAGGGAUUUGAGUGAUCAAGUUAUUAGUGACUUCCUGCGAAAGUUCAUGUGUGGAAAGGCUGAUCCCUACCACCGCUUCACUUUAAUUUAGUGCAUCACUAAAGGAAUAGUACUUGCACUUCCGCGCCAGUAUCAGCAUUGUUUGACCUCAGAUUACACUUAGCUACACAGCUCAUCACCAGAAUUUCAGGUUAUUAUUACUGUACGGCCACAUAUAUACAUAUGAAGCAAUGUAGAGAAACAAAGAUUUAUAUUGAUGUUAAAUUAUAGGGGAAUAGAAAAUAACUUACCUAUUUUGAGUAAUAGAAUUUAUUAUUUUUUUUUUUUAUUUGAAUUUUUGUCAUUAUAAUUUUUAUUCUCAUUUAGAACUGGUUUUUACGGGUAUGAUAUUUUGAAUAUCUUCUGCCAUAUAAGGAAAUAGUUCUUUGUUCAUGUUCUUCAGCCGGCUUGCCUGAAACAGCACACAUGACAUGCUUCUGUAAGUAAACGUAAGUGCCCUGGAUCAGAGCGGGGUUACUUCACUGUAAUGUAAAUUAUUUUUAACACCAUUAUGUUAUUGCUGGAGAUUUUGCUGUAUUAUAAAUUCAUUUCUUGUGUCUACAUUCUAGAAGCCCACAUCUUUGUUUGCAAUGUCCUUUGGGGCUUGACAGAGUCAGAAUGGGUUUUUUUUCUCUUUUUUAACCAUGAUUUACUUUUUUGGAAAAUCAUGCAUGUAUCCUAAUGGCGUCGCCUUUAUUCUUCAUUAGUACAUCCUUCAGUAAUUAUGAGAUCUGAUGGAAUGUGUAUGACCACAAUUUCUUUGACAAUACAACAUUGUGUGAAUCUAUAGGCAACAUGCUGCUUAACAGACAGGCAGAAUAAAGUGUUAAACCAGACCCCUUUGUAUAAAAUCAGUGGCAAAUAAUCAAUAAAUUGCUGCAAUUAAUUUCA